UAAUGGCGUAAGAAGAAAGUAAAGCAAAGCAAAGCCAGAGGGAGAAACAGCUCUAUAUAUUGAAGCUCAAACUAAAGCUUAUGUUGAAGGCAAUGAAUUAAUGGUCAAAUUCAUAACUUUGAUCCAAUUUUAUCAUAAAGGUUUGCCCUUUUCACUUCAUUUUGUCUUUAUUUUGUGAGUGAUAUGCGUGGGGAGGAUCAAGAACAGGAUCAUCAUCAACAUCAAGGGGAGUGUUCACAAACAAUUGAGAAUAUGUUUCAAGAACAGCUUCUUCUUCACCAACUACAAAACAACAACACCGAUCAUAUUAUCUAUGGAGAUCAUCACCAUCAUGGAGCUGGAAGAGGGUUGAUUUUCCCGGGCGACGUCGUGUCGCCGGUUCUAAACUCGUGGCCUCCGCUCAACCCAUUUCUCAUUCCUCCUCCGCCUCCGCCUCCACCACCAACAUCGUUAUGUUCGUCGUCGUCGUAUGGUAAUCUUUUUAACCGGAGACCGGCUAAUUGUCUUCAAUUUGCUUAUGAUGGAACUUCCUCAGCGGACCACUUGGGUCGAAUCAUAUCAACCACGCUUGGACCAGUGGUUCAUCAUGGCUCAACUGCUCCCUUUGGACUUCAAGCUGAGCUUGGCAAAAUGAGUGCUCAAGAAAUAAUGGAUGCCAAAGCUCUUGCAGCUUCUAAAAGCCAUAGUGAAGCGGAGAGAAGAAGAAGAGAGAGAAUCAAUAAUCAUCUUGCUAAGCUCCGGAGCUUACUUCCUAGUACCACUAAAACAGACAAAGCUUCACUACUAGCAGAAGUAAUACAACACGUGAAAGAGCUAAAACGGCAAACAUCAUUGAUAGCAGAAACAAGUUCAAUCCCAACAGACAUCGACGAGCUAACAGUGGACGAUGCCUCAGACGAGAUGAUGAUCAACGGCGCCAAAUUUGUAAUAAAAGCUUCUCUUUGCUGUGAGGACCGUUCAGAUCUCCUCCCUGACCUCAUCAAAACACUGAAAUCCUUGCGCUUAAGAACCCUCAAAGCUGAAAUCACAACCCUUGGUGGGCGCGUGAGAAAUGUGCUGUUUGUCACUGGUGAAGACGACGAGCCAUCAACUGACCAUAAUAAUAACAACAAUAAUAAUAAUAAUAAUAAUCCCAAUUCAGACAGCCAACAACAACAACAUAGUAUCAGCUCAAUUCAAGAAGCAUUGAAGGCUGUGAUGGAAAAAACAGGACCGGAUGAUUCUUCGUCAGGAAACAUUAAACGACAAAGAACAAAUAACAUCAAUAUCCUUUAAGGUUUCUUCAUGUUUUUUUUUUUUUUUUUUUAAUGAACUGAAAAUUUACAUAUCACUGAAAUUUUCCACCAUUUUAGAGGAAUCUUUUUCGUUGUUCGAAAGAAAAGUGAUCUUUUGUGUAAGAGUGGCUUUUCCUAGAGUUGAUAGCGAUACGUAACUGGCCAAAACGGAGGACAGACGAUGAUGUGAGAAAAGUAUUGAAGUUUUGUUUUUUAUGAUUUGGGUAAGAGGGGCUUUUCCCAGGGUUGCAGUGAAGGUAAAGAAAAGCCCUAAUGAGGCAUGCAUGUGGUGCAGUUGUGUCCCCUUUGAUAUUGCAAAGUGAUGCAACAAAAAGAACUGAUUUUUUUUUUUGGAUAUGAAGAUCUGUCUUGAUUUUAUGUAUUAUUUUGUCUUUGACCCAUCUUGGGAUUUGCCUUGAAAUCAUCUUCUUCC